GCGCGCUUGUCUUCGUACCGAGAUCCCAUCAUUGUGCACACUGCCUUAAUACAGAUUUCACUUUUUGUCCCAAUCCGGUUAAUAAAAUGCCACCAAAACGUCCACCUCCGUUGGUUCCCAAGAAACCAAAUCCUAGCAUGAACUAUGAGGUGUUAAUCUAUUUGAAUUCGUUUUACUUUGGCAUGUUUGCCUGCUGUGAGAUGGCAAUGGGACUGCUGAAGGCGAUCAAUCUUAGUUAUACGGGUCACACGCUAAUGCAAGAUUCGGCAGUAAUGAUUAGCUUUAUAGUUUUGGAGACAAUACGUCUGAUAAUGGGACGCAAGGGUUCAUUGGCCGAGAGAGGUUGGACAGCAAUACUAUCGGUUUUUCUGACUGCUCCCUGUUUCCUGGGUGUCUCCUAUCUUUUGUUGCUACAAACCUACCGAUUGCGUCUGGAAUAUUGCCUGUGCACGCUACAGAUUGCCCUUUAUCUGACCGAAGUUUGGUAUGCCAUAGUCUUCGUUUUCUCACUAUGUCGUCCAGUAACUUAUGAUUAGUAACAGUAACAACAGCAACAACUCGAAACAUUUAUACAUCUAUUGUACUUUAAAACUUAAAAAAAAGAAACCAAAAAAAAAAAAGAAAACCAAAAACUAGACUUUAGCACUUAAAAGAAAAGGAAUUUGAAAGCGGCACUUGACUUGCUCAUGCCCCCUUAAACAAACCAAAGAAAAAGCCAACAAACAAACAAACAAACACUUAUGUAUGUAGUAUAUACAUAUAUAAAUAAUUAUAAAUAAGAUUUAUGGAUAAAAUUUAACGGUUUUAUAUACAACAAACAAACAAAUUGUUAACAUUUAAGCAUAAAUCGGAACCAAUAUAAGACAAAAGAACAAAACCUUACACUUGAAUCAUCAGAUACAAAUUAUAUACAUUUGCUUUUUUCUACAAUUUAUAAUUUAAACAAAAAUAAUAACAUCGUUUAAGUAACUCACCUACUCAUAGUCUCACAUGUAUUGUAAAUUGUGCUUUAACUCAUCACAAAUCAAUAGUUUAAAUGAGAAAAAAACAGAGAACAUACUAAUCAUUCAAACGACCCACAAGAAACUAUAGACGAUGGUGUGUACUUUACUGAAAGAAUACUUUAUAUAAAACUAGCAUGUAGCGUAUUUAACUUGUUCAAGACGGUACUACAACAAAACAAAAAGGAAAAAACCAAAAACCACAUGAAAAACCAAAAAUUAACAAUUUGUAUAAUGUUAACUAGGCUAACACUUUCUUCUGCCUAUUGGCAAACACAAACCCAUCACACACAGACACACACACACACACAAGUCCCAAAGCUCAAUUGUACCCCGCCUAUAAGGUAGAGAGCGCUAUCCUAAGAAUUAUGAAAAUUGAAUGCUAGUCAAUAAUUAUAAUUUUUCAUUACAUCAAUAAUAUCGUUAGCUGUUCUGGCUAAAUGGAAGACUAUAGAUAGAUUGUAAUGCAUGUAAGCAAACUAAAUAAUAAGUUCCAGGUCGUUGUGACGAAAAUACGAUAUAACGAUUGCAGUUUUGAAUGAUACAAAAUGAUUUGUAAAACUUACAAUUCGGUAGUCAGAGCAGCUAGCUGUGCACAUCUAAUUUAAAUAGAAGACCUUUUUGUGGUUUCAGAGCGAACAAUUAGCUAAGCACAAAAAUAUUUAAUAAAAACAAAAAAAAAUAGGUCAAAAACUAUUCUGAACAAACCUUACAAUCUUUUAAAAAGCUUUUCAAACCAAACAGAAUUCAGAUUACAUAAGCCUUUUGUGGUUUAAUUUUGUAGCAUAAUUGAUGAAAUGUUAACAUGUUUAUUUUUUAAUCAAAACAAAAUCCAAUUAAUCCAAUUUAGUUGAGAAAUUCAAGAUUUUAUCGACAUUAUUUACAUUUGAUGAAAAUACCAAUUAAAAAUUAAAACCAAA